CCUUACUUUUUGUCAUGUUUUGACAUUUUGAGGGAUAUUUUUAAAAAAGAUUAUAAAUAUAAGUUAAACAGAAGUUUAUUUUGCCGUUAUCGGUUUUGAUUUAUUGCAAUGAUUGCUACAGUCACUAUUUUAACUUCCUGUGUGAAACUGUUGCUUAUCCCUGCUUAGUAAGUAGAUGUUUAUGAUUUGGUUUCGGCCCCAUAUACUGGAUUUUCCUUUUCAGUUAUUCAACAGACUUCGAGGUGCACAGAAAUUGGUUAGCGGUAACCCACAGUCUACCGAUAAAAAAAUGGUACUUCGAUGAAACGUCCCCCUGGACGUUAGAUUACCCUCCGCUUUUUGCAUGGUUCGAAUAUCUGCUUUCACAUGUAGCUCCCUUCUUUGAUAAAAACAUGCUGGACUUACAUAGAUUAAACUAUACUUCUGAUAAUACAGUUCUAUUCCAGAGACUCUCUGUUAUAAUAACCGAUUUGAUAUAUUCUCUUGGAGUUUAUCUGUGUUGUUCAGCUUUAAAAAAAAGUUGGAAAAAGGAUGUUGUCCUACCGAUUUUAUUACUGGCAAAUUGUGGACUUAUCAUGGUUGAUCAUAUUCAUUUUCAGUAUAAUGGCAUGUUGUAUGGAAUACUGUUGAUAUCUAUUGCAUAUAUGCUUCAAGGAAAACACAUCUUGUCAGCAUUUUGGUUUACAGUUCUUUUAAACUUGAAACAUAUCUACAUUUAUAUGGCCCCAGCUUACUUUGUGUAUUUAUUAAGACACUAUUGUUUGAGAGGUCCUCUUACUUUGAAAACAGUGACUUCAAAAAACACUUUCAAAAACUUGGCACUGCUAGGAAGUGUAGUUGUUAGUGUCUUCAUUGCAACCUAUCUACCAUUUUGGGACCACUUGCCACAAAUAGUUUCUAGGCUGUUUCCUUUCAAGAGGGGAUUGAGUCAUGCUUAUUGGGCUCCAAAUGUAUGGGCUCUUUAUAAUACAGCUGACAAAAUAGCACUGUUAGCAGCUAAGAUACUCAACUUUAACAUAGGCAAAUCUACAACAGCCACAAUGACAGGAGGUUUAGUCCAAGAAUAUGAACAUUCCAUUUUGCCUAGCAUUCAUCCUAUUAUAACAAUAUUGCUGACUGUGAUAUUUACCUUACCUGCGAUGGUAAAGUUAUUCAACUUGAACAGGCAACCUAGCAAUUUUUUAAGAUGUUUGGUGAUAUGUGCUUUGUCGUCGUUUUUGUUUGGAUGGCAUGUACAUGAGAAAGCAAUUUUGAUGGCCAUUAUACCUUUGACAAUUUUGUCAAUAAUGGAAACAGUAGAUGGGAAGACAUUCUUAUUUUUGUCAACUGUGGGCCAUUACUCAUUGUUUCCGUUGCUAUUUCCGCCUUACUUGUUGUUAAUCAAGGUCCUUUUGUUGCUCCUGUACACGGUGUAUGCAUUCCAUAGUCUGUACAAGAUGUACCCUCUAGCAAUUUGCAGGUUCUCAUUGCCCCUUUUGAACCCAGCAGAAAGCAUUUAUCUGCUAGGAUUGGCAGCAGUGUUUUUAUAUGAAAACGUCGUCCAUCCAGCAUUAGGCCUGCAGAAUAAAUUUCCGUUCUUACCAUUGAUGCUUACGUCGGCUUACUGUUCUUUAGGCGUGAUUUACGCUUGGGCCACUUAUUAUGUGUACUUCUUGAAAUCAGAUGGCGUUCCAACGCGUCUUAAAAAUGAUAAAGGAAAUAAAACAGAUUAGACAAAUGUG